GCUACGCUGGCUAUCCAGUCCCUGCCUGGCAGCACCCCGCCAGAGAAAACGAAGCAAGCAAUGGGAAGCAUCGGAGGCUCCACGUUUAAGCCCGGGGGUGGAAGUGACACGACAAGCUUCCAGCCCAGUGCAAAGCAGGUGUUGGCGCAGUGCAGCAUAAGUGUGCGGCAGCUGCAUGCUGAAGUUCGCAAGCUCAGAGCGACCCAGAUUGCAACGAAAGAGUGGGUGAAAGACUUGCACGACGCGUUUGACCAACACCUGCACAUUGGCCAACAGCUUCUGGCUGCAGGCUUCUACCGACGCCAGGUGGCGGAGUGCUUAGACUUUCUGGAGCUGAUGUUCCCACUAGUGGAG